UAAGCAAAAAGAAUUAUCACAACCUAAAACUUCUAAAGAAUCAUCUUCAAGUAGAAAACAUGAAGUAAAACAUUGCAAAUAUAGAAAUAACCCAGAUCCAAAAUGGAUGGAUAAUGGUAAUAAUGCUUGGUUAGAAUACAAAAAUAUAAAUAAAAUAGUAAACAUGUUUUGUAAGUGA